CGGGAGGUUCAGUCGUGACAGGCGGCGCGGGCAGCCCAAGGGGCCUUCGGUAGCGGCGGCGCCGGCGAGAGCGGGACCGGGACGGCAUGGACACCGACCUGUACGACGAGUUCGGGAACUACAUCGGGCCCGAGCUGGACUCGGACGAUGACGAUGAUGAGCUGGGCCGGGAGGCCAAGGACCUGGAUGAGCUGGAGGAUGAUGAUGACGACGAUGACAUGGGGGAGCACGACGAGGAGCACCCUGGCAUGGAGGUGGUGCUCCACGAGGACAAGAAGUACUACCCCACAGCUGAGGAGGUGUACGGGCCUGAGGUGGAGACUAUCGUGCAGGAGGAGGACACACAGCCACUCACUGAGCCCAUUAUUAAACCCGUGAAGACCAAGAAGUUCUCCCUGAUGGAGCAGACGCUGCCGGUCACUGUCUAUGAGAUGGAUUUCCUGGCAGAUCUCAUGGACAACUCGGAGCUGAUCCGGAAUGUGACUCUGUGUGGGCACCUGCACCACGGCAAGACAUGUUUUGUCGACUGCCUGAUAGAACAGACGCACCCGGAGAUCCGGAAGCGCUACGACCAGGAUCUCUGCUACACUGAUAUAUUGUUCACAGAGCAAGAGAGGGGGGUGGGGAUCAAGAGCACCCCAGUGACGAUUGUUCUGCCAGACACCAAAGGAAAGUCUUUCCUCUUCAACAUCAUUGACACUCCAGGUCACGUCAAUUUUUCCGACGAGGUCACAGCCGGCCUUCGCAUCUCGGACGGCGUCGUGCUCUUCAUCGAUGCAGCUGAGGGGGUGAUGCUGAACACGGAGCGGCUGAUCAAGCACGCGGUGCAGGAGAGGUUGGCAGUGACCGUGUGCAUCAACAAGAUCGACCGGCUCAUCCUGGAGCUCAAACUGCCCCCAACAGAUGCUUAUUACAAACUCAGACACAUUGUAGAUGAAGUUAAUGGUCUCAUCAGCAUGUAUUCCACUGACGAGAACCUGGUGCUGUCUCCCCUUCUGGGGAACGUGUGUUUCUCCAGCUCGCAGUACAGCAUCUGCUUCACGCUGGGGUCUUUUGCAAAGAUUUAUGCAGACACAUAUGGAGACAUCAAUUAUCAGGAGUUUGCCAAGCGGCUUUGGGGCGACAUCUACUUCAACCCGAAGACCCGCAAGUUCACAAAAAGGCCCCGACGAGCAUUUCCAGCGCAGCUUUGUGGAGUCAUUCUGGAGCCCCUGUACAAGAUCUGGCUCAGGUAUGUGAGUGGGGCUUCUUGUCUUGCAGGUGGUGGGGAUGUGGACACGACCCUGCCCAGGACCCUGGAUGAACUUGGCAUCCACCUGACCAAAGAGGAAUUGAAGCUGAACAUUCGGCCCCUCCUGCGGCUGGUUUGCAAGAAGUUCUUUGGGAGUUUUCCAGGCUUCGUGGACAUGUGUGUGCAGCACAUCCCCUCCCCGAAGGUGGGGGCCAAGACGAAGAUCGAGCACACCUACACCGGCGGCGUGGACUCGGACCUGGGCGAGGCCAUGAGUGAAUGUGACCCCGACGGGUCCUUGAUGUGUCACACAACAAAAAUGUACAGCACGGAUGAUGGUGUCCAGUUCCACGUUGGCAGGGUGCUCAGUGGCACCAUCCACGCUGGGCAGCCUGUGAAGGUCCUUGGAGAAAACUACACCCUGGAAGACGAGGAGGCCCAGAUCUGCACCGUCGGACGCCUCUGGAUCUCAGUAGCAAGGUAUCACAUUGAGGUGAACAGGGUUCCUGCUGGCAACUGGCUGAUUGAGGGUGUGGACCAGCCCAUCGUGAAGACGGCGACUGUGACAGAGCCCCGGGGCAAUGAGGAGGCUCAGAUCUUCCGACCCUUGAUCAACACCACCUCUGUUAUCAAAAUAGCAGUGGAGCCAGUGAACCCCUCAGAGCUCCCCAAAAUGCUGGAUGGUCUCAGGAAAGUCAACAAGAGUUACCCCCUUACAACUAAGGUGGAAGAGUCUGGGGAGCACGUGAUCCUGGGAACAGGAGAGCUGUACCUGGACUGUGUGAUGCACGACCUGCGGAAGAUGUAUUCCGAGAUCGACAUCAAGGUGGCCGAUCCAGUGGUGACAUUCUGUGAGACAGUGGUGGAAACGUCCUCCCUGAAGUGCUUUGCUGAGACCCCCAACAAGAAGAACAAGAUCACCAUGAUCGCUGAGCCCUUGGAGAAGGGACUGGCAGAGGACAUUGAGAACGAAGUGGUGCAGAUAACAUGGAACAGGAAGAAGCUGGGUGAAUUCUUCCAGACCAAAUACGACUGGGAUUUGCUGGCUGCCCGUUCCAUCUGGGCCUUUGGGCCAGAUGCCACUGGCCCAAACAUCCUGGUAGAUGACACACUGCCCUCAGAGGUGGACAAAUCCCUUCUGGGCUCAGUGAAGGACAGCAUCGUGCAGGGCUUCCAGUGGGGAACCAGGGAAGGGCCCCUCUGUGAUGAAUUGAUCCGCAACGUGAAGUUCAAGAUCCUGGACGCGGUGAUUGCGCAGGAGCCCCUGCACAGGGGCGGGGGGCAGAUCAUCCCCACGGCCCGCAGGGUCGUGUACUCUGCUUUCCUCAUGGCCACCCCUCGUCUGAUGGAGCCCUAUUACUUCGUGGAGGUGCAGGCCCCCGCCGACUGCGUGUCCGCCGUGUACACGGUGCUGGCCCGGCGCAGAGGCCACGUGACACAGGAUGCUCCGAUCCCGGGCUCCCCUCUCUACACCAUCAAAGCCUUCAUCCCAGCCAUUGACUCCUUCGGAUUUGAGACCGACUUGAGGACUCACACACAGGGACAAGCCUUCUCCCUCUCUGUCUUCCACCACUGGCAGAUUGUGCCUGGGGACCCCUUGGACAAGAGCAUCGUGAUCCGGCCGCUGGAGCCGCAGCCGGCCCCUCACCUGGCCCGGGAGUUCAUGAUCAAGACCCGGCGCAGGAAGGGCCUGAGUGAGGACGUGAGCAUCAGCAAGUUCUUCGACGACCCCAUGUUGCUGGAACUGGCCAAGCAGGACGUUGUUCUCAACUACCCCAUGUGAACGUGCAGCCCUGGCCGGCAGCUCUCGGUCCUUCCCCGUCUCUGCCUGCCCAGCCCUGGCUCCUGGAGGCUCAGGGCAUGCGAGGAGCUGCUCCUCAGAUUGUUUUUCCAUGGCUGUGGAAGUCUCCCUGGGCAUUCAUGGACCAUUUGUGGGCAUUCCCUGUGUGGGGAACAGCCCAGAGCCCUGAUCCUUUCUGUACUGUGACCUCCAGCAAGGAGGUUUUCCCCUGGGAUUGGCUCCUCCAGGCACAUGGAGCAGAGCACUGUGAAUAUGUUGGGAUUCCUGAGGGCUGGGCCUAAACAGUGUGUCAGGCAUUUGGGGCAGCUGAGGAGGGGAGGAUUCUGGGGAGGGGAGUCUGGAGAGCAGCGCUUCUACCUGCUCCCUGGGAGGAGAGAUGAGUGUGGCUUUGACCUUUUUGUACCCUUUUUUGAACCCUUGUAAACAUUUAGUACAAACUUC